AUGGAUAGAGUGAACCGGGUUUUAAACAUCGUAAGACAGAUGUCUCCCAGGAAAAGGGAACGAGGGUCUCACUGGGAGCCCGAGAGCCCGGAGACCUGCGAGGAGAGUCUGUGCUCUCUCAGCCUUUGCAUCAGCGAUGAUGGGCCAUACUCCAAGGGCAACAAGGACUCGACGGGGCCAGAAAACUCUCUCACAUCCAGAAGACAAAGCAUCCCAGAAGAGCUGCGUGGUGUUACAUUGGUUGAGCUGAUUAAGAAAGAAGGAAGCACUUUGGGUCUCACAAUCUCGGGCGGCACAGACAAGGACGGCAAACCACGCGUAUCAAACCUGCGGCCGGGUGGACUAGCGGCUAGGAGUGAUCAACUCAACGUGGGCGACUACAUCAAGUCCGUCAAUGGUAUCAACCUAACCAAGCUGCGUCAUGAUGAGAUCAUCAGUCUGUUAAAAAACGUAGGCGAACGCGUCGUGCUGGAAGUGGAAUAUGAACUGCCUUCAGCUGCGCCAGACAGUACCUCAGGUGUUAUUUCCAAGACAAUCGAGAUCUGUUUGCAGAAAGAGGGCAACAGCUUUGGCUUUGUAAUGCGAGGUGGAGCCCAUGAGGACUGGCACAAAUCUCGUCCCUUGGUGGUCACGCAUGUACGACCAGGUGGUCCUGCCGACAGAGAAGGGACUCUAAAAUCGGGUGACCGGAUCUUAAGCGUGGAUGGUGUGGUUUUACACAACGCUACUCACAACGAUGCCCUUGUUGUACUGACCCAGUGUGGACAAGAAGCCCUUUUCCAGAUCGAGUAUGAUGUCUCCAUCAUGGACUCUGUGACGAACGCUUCAGGUCCUCUGCUGGUGGAGAUUGCCAAAGCGCCUGGAGCAAGUCUGGGAAUCACUCUGACCACUGCCUUGCACAGGAACAAACAGGCAAUCGUCAUCGAUAAGAUCAAGCCCGGCAGCGUCGUGGACAGGUCAGGAGCGUUACAUGUUGGUGAUCAUAUCCUGUCUAUAGACGGCACCAGCACUGAGCACUGCUCGCUUCUGGAGGCAACGCAGCUGCUGGCCAGCACAUCUGAUCAGACCAAACUAGAGAUCCUGCCUGCACACCAAACACGCCUGCCCGGAAAACCCCAGGACACUGUGAAAGUUCAGAAAAGUGACCACCCUCACUGCUGGGACCCCUGUGUGAACUACUGCCAUUCUCAACAUCCUGGUCACUGUAAGACAUCAACCUGGACCUCUGCUUCCAGUAACCCUUCCAGUUCUCAGGAUUACUGCAAAUCGGUAGUCUGCACUAACUUCUCUCCUGGGUCCACCACCACAUCGGGCAUGACCAGCCAGGGUUCCAGCACGCUGCCCCGGGCCGCUCCGCCAAUGAGCCCACGCAAUUCCAUGCUAAAGAGACGACAGAGGAAAAAAGAGCACAAGAGCUCCUCCGUGUCUUUAGCCUCAAGUUCGGUGGGUCCCGGAGGUCAGAUAGUCCACACAGAGUCCAGCGAGGUCACUCUCAGAGGAGACCCUCUCAAUGGCUUCGGGGUUCAACUACAAGGUGGAAUAUUUGCAACAGAAACGCUCUCCGCACCUCCUCUUAUCCGCUUCAUAGAGCCGGACAGCUCAGCCGAAAGGUGUGGGCUUCUCCAGGUUGGAGACAGAGUCUUGUCCAUCAAUGGAAUUCCUACAGAAGACGGAACACUGGAAGAGGCCAAUCAGCUGCUCCGAGACGCCGCUCUGGCCAAUAAGGUUUCGCUAGAGAUUGAGUUUGAUGUGGCAGAGUCUGUUGUACCUAGCAGUGGAACUUUCCAUGUGAAGCUGCAGAAGAAAAGAGGAGUUGAACUGGGCAUCACUAUCAGUGCCAGUAAGAAGCCUGGAGAGCCUCUGAUCAUCUCUGACAUUAAAAAAGGCAGCAUGGCUCACAGGACAGGAACGCUGGAGCCUGGAGAUAAACUGCUGGCCAUAGACAACAUCCGUCUGGAGAACUGCUCCAUGGAGGACGCCGCUCAGAUACUACAGCAGAGCGAAGACCUGGUCAAACUCAAGAUCCGCAAAGAUGAGGACAACUCUGACGAGCAGGAGUCUUCGGGCUCCAUCAUUUAUACGGUGGAGCUGAAGCGUUAUGGUGGCCCACUGGGAAUCACCAUCUCUGGCACAGAGGAGCCCUUUGACCCCAUCAUAAUCUCUGGCUUGACCAAGAGAGGCCUGGCAGAGCGGACUGGUGCCAUCCAUGUUGGCGAUCGUAUUCUGGCCAUCAACAGUGUGAGUCUGAAGGGGAAGCCACUCAGUGAAGCCAUACACCUGCUGCAGAUGGCUGGAGAAACCGUCACGCUCAAGAUCAAGAAACAGGCUGACUCACCGGAUGAAAAAAAUAAAGAGAACGAUCUGGAUAAUGAUCUCAGCGAUAACGAAGACGAGAUGACAGACUCGCAGAAGACCAGUAAACUGUCUGACAUUUACUCCACCACCAUCCCCAGUGUGGACUCGGCCAUGGAGUCAUGGGACGGUUCGGGCAUCGACGCUGGUUACAGCAGCCAAGGUGCGUUCAUCCAUCAGGCUGCUGGUAUUGCGCUACACCCUCACGAGUGGCGAAACACCAAGCAGAGAAACAGCACUCCACCACCAACCCGCCGCAAAAACUAUCCCUUUAGUGACGGAGGAUUCAGUGAGGAUGACUGGGAUAAAGCUGCUGGAUACAGCAGCCAGACUCAUGCAGAUGCACUCCUGAUGGAGCAGGAGGACAGUUUUUGGUGCCAGGCUUUGGAAGACCUGGAGACGUGUGGCCAGUCUGAACUACUUAGAGAGAUCGAGGCAUCAAUAAUGACGGGCAGUGCUCUGAGUUUGGGUGUUGAGGGUGGAAAGACUCACAUUGAUCCAGUCAACCAACCUCACCUCAGCCCACUGCGUAAAUCCCCACAUCUCCUCAACGAGACCAAAAACAAGAGCACACUGCGCAUGUCCGAAAAGACCUGGGAGUCCCGGAGAAUCAAAGAGGAGAUUCAGGACAUCCUGUCGCCGACACCACUAGAGCUUCACAAGGUGACGGUGAUGAAAGACCCGGAGAGUGACGACUUCGGCUUCAGCGUAUCGGACGGUUUCUUGGAAAAGGGUGUUUACGUGAACAUGAUCAGACCUGAGGGUCCGGCAGAUCGGGCUGGGCUCAAACCCUACGACAGGAUCCUUCAGGUGAACCACGUGCGGACGCGGGACUUCGACUGCUGUUUGGCUGUUCCUCUGAUCACGGAGGCUGGAGAUAAACUGGAGCUGGUGAUCAGCAGAAACCCGCUGGCACAGACAGGUACAGCUCAACCCCACGACUGCCAUCCGCACUUCAACCCCGUGGGACACUGUCGCGAGCAACAGACCAGCGUUCUGGACCUGUGACAUUCGCCAAAAUCAGACUCACAACAAAAAACUCCAG